GCAGACCGGCCUCCCGGGAGCCUGAGGUCACUGCUCUGCGCCGGAAGACGCUGUCUCCUUGGCCCCUUGUCUCAACGCAGACCUCUUCCCCGGCCGCCUGACAUCCCGGGAUAUGAGCCGGAAGAGACAGCGCCUGGUCCCGGACGCCUUUGGGCUGAAGAGGCGGCGGGAGCGAGGACAGGCAGAGGCGGAUCCUCUAAGGGGCGAGUCGGGUAAGCGCGGCCGCCCCAGGGCGAGAUGGGGAGCGGCGGGCGGUGGGAGAACGGCGCCCCCCGCCCUCCUUCCCGCCGCAGUGACCGGGUCUCUCCGCCCAGGGUCGGCGCGCGCGGCGGUCGCCGAGCUGGUGCAGCUGUUCCCGCGAGGCCUGUUCGAGGACGCGCUGCCGCCCAUAGCGCUGAGGAGCCAGGUGUACAGCCUCGUGCCGGACCGGACGGUGGUCGACCGGCAGCUGGUCCUCAAGGCCUGCGAUGGCCGACCAUAUGCUGGGGCAGUGCAGAAGUUUCUGGCUUUGGUACUUCCAGCCUGUGGGGACCUUAGCUUCCAGCAAGACCAAAUGACACAGACCUUCGGCUUCAGGGACCCAGAGAUCACGCAGCUAGUGAAUGCUGGAGUGCUCACCGUCCGAGAUGCUGGGAGUUGGUGGCUGGCUGUGCCUGGCGCUGGGAGAUUCAUUAAAUAUUUUGUUAAAGGGCGCCAGGCUGUCCUUGGCAUGGUCCGGAAGGCCAAGUACCGGGAGCUACUCCUAUCAGAGCUCUUGGGCCGGCGGGCACCUGCCACGGUGCGACUCGGCCUCACCUACCACGUGCAUGACCUCAUUGGGGCGCAGCUGGUGGACUGUGUCUCCACCACUUCUGGAACUCUUCUCCGCCUGCCGGAGACAUGAGGAUUCUCCUCGUCAUUGCAUACCUCCCCAGAGUGGGGUGAGAGGGACCAGGAGUACUGUCAGUGGUGGCUGAGACAGGGUCACCUUGGCAAGGCAUGGGAGCCCAGAUGAUUGUUGGCCUUGCUUCUGCUCAAAGGGUCAGAUGUGAUUGCUGCUGUUUUACCUGGGCUCUGACCCAGUGGUGGGGUUUGGGCAAUGCUUCUCUGCCCUUCCAUGGAAGUGGAGCCAGAAAAGCAGGCCAAGGCCAUGGCUAUUGCCUUUCUUGUAGCAAAGUCUGCUGUCACUCUCUUGGAUAGGAAGACAGGAUUUCUGGGGAGGCUGGUGAGGGAGGGCAGAGUCCUCUGUUCUAUAUAUCAAGGUAAAACUGCCAAAUAAAGUACUUCUGCCUGUGCGAUUCCCUGGA